AUGUUGGAGCAAGGAAUAUCAACAAAGGGUAAGAGGAUGCCAGGAGUAAAGGCUACAACAAUUGACGAAUUCUUAAAGGAAAAUGGGAUAGAUGUGGAAAUUGAAGGACCAAGCACUGAACUAAGUGAGGACGGGGAAGAAAGCAUGGCACUUGAUAAAGACUAUUAUCAAGAUGUGAUGGAGGACAUUGAUGAUGAUGAAGGAGAGCCAAAGAAGAAGAAAACCCGUGGAAAAACAACUUGCAAGGAGAUUUAUGCAAGGACUAUGGAACAGCGGGAAGAAGUCACUUUUGAUCUUGGACAGCCCGUAGGACCAACCGACCAAAGUGUUUCUAAUUUAACUAGUUUUGUUGGCACUAUUGGUAGAAAUAAAAGAUUUGUUAGUCUUUUGUACACUAGUUGGCAUGUUGUUCCUCCUAAAGCUAAGAAGUUCAUGUGGGACUAUGUUAAUACCAAGUUUCUCCUCCCAGACAGUGGAGAAAAGUGGGUAAUGCAAGCGAUUCGAGAUGCUUGGAAGCGGUUCAAAGGAAGGAUUAAGCAAAAGCACUUCGUUCCCUAUGAUACUAUUGAAGAUAUGGUGAAGAAUCGACCCCCACAAGUUUGGAAGUUGGGUUCUGUUCUGUUUCUUGUGUUAUGUGGUUUAGGGGAUACCAGUUGUGAAAAAACUGAACAGUCAAUAAGUCAAAGAAACAAGCAACACAAGGAAAAUGUGAAGUUUCCACAUCGCAUGGGGCCAAUUAAUUUCGGAAGAGUACGAGUGGCUAUGCGAGCAACAAAGGAAACAAAGGAGGAACCAAAAAGGUUUGAGAUGUUCAUUGCUACCCGAACAAGUCGGAAGAGGAAAGAAGUGGAUGAGGAAACACAAACUGCUGUUGAAGACUUCCAACACCGCCAAGCUGCUGGUGAAACAGAAGAGGAAGCAUUUGAGGCCAUAUUCGGGAAAGAACAACCAGGUUCAACACAAAGAGGAAGUGUCCAGUCUGAAGGAUAA